GGAGAGAAGGGGCGUAUUAUGUAUGAAAGGAUCUCGCCGAGACGACGCACUGAUUUGUGUGGAAUAGGAUCAUGGAUCAGACCCAGGAUUACAUGUCUGCCACAUGUGCACCCAGCAAGAGGAAAAUGUCAAAACCAAAACUAAACCCCCAAACACCAGAGUUGAUUGCAUCCUCAACAGUAGAUGUCAUGAAAGAUUUGGGAAGAGAGGUUGAAAAUAGUGGAAUGAAACCAUCCAAAAAUGAGAGGACAAGCUCUCAGAAAAUAAAGAGAACUUACACCAGAAAAAAGUACCAUGAUCUCCAGCCUGUGGUUAUGAGACCUACAGAAGAUUCAGACCAUGGGUCUUCUUGCAGUUCAGUUAUUACAUCCGGUCUGGUCAAUGGUUCGGAAAGCCAAUAUAUGAACCACACCAGUGGAAUGAUGGGAAAAACUGAUGGAUCCAUUUCAAACACAUUAAGAGAGACAAAUUUUAAGCUAAAGAAGAAGCACAAGACUGAGGAAACUGACCAGCCCACCUUAAAAAAGUACAUAGAGGAAGUAAAGCAAUCCGUACCUGUUAUAGUUCCCAUUGCUCAGUUCACUCAGAAGAAUCAGAAAACUGACAGCACACAGGAGCAGAAAUCAUCUCCGCAAUCCAAGAAGGAGUCACCUGUUUAUCCGCCAGGAAGUCAGGAGGAAAAAUGGCAGCUUCAGAUUUUGGCAAAGGGUAGAGUAAGCUGCCCAAAAUGCAAAAGUGUUGGAAGAAAGACAGUGGAUGGGUUAAAGAAGCACCUGGAAACCUGCAAGCUGGAUCCUUUUACGUGUCCACACUGUGGAAAACAACUGAAAACUUCAACAGGAAUGAAGUACCACCUCAUGGCUGACCAUAACAACUUGCCCAUUCCAGAUACAGGGAAUGACCUAGUUGACCAAGCCGUAAAGGAGAAAUUACGGAAAGUAUUAAAAAGGAUGGGCAAAUUAAAAUGUUCAAAAGAGGGUUGCACUGGAAGUUUCACUAGUAUAAUGGGUUAUGUGUACCACAUGAAGAAAUGCGGCAAAGAGGCAUCAGAGCUGGAGAAGCUCUUAUUGAACUGCAAACAUUGCGGAAAAGCGUAUCGUUCCAGAGCGGGUCUGGAGUACCAUGUCAAGAACGAACACUGUCCGAUGACCCAAGAAAGUGAGGUGGAGGAGCUGAAGACACAGAAAGAGCCCGUCCCAGAGCGGACACAGAGCGGUCGGACCAAGCGCUUGUCGGCGCAGGUGGCCGUGUUCCACCUGAGGGAGAUCGCUAGUGAGGAGCUGCUGAAGGAAUGGCCCAAAAGGAAAGUGCAGCGUGAUCUGGUACCAGAUGACAGGAAGCUGAAGUAUUCUCGUCCAGGUUUGCCGGCCUUCAGUCAGGAGACUCUACGGAAGUGGAAGAAUGAAGUCAAACUGCAUAAAAAAGUGCAGUGUCCAAACAAGGGAUGUAACUGCUUCUAUACCAGCGUAUCUGGCCUAAAGGCUCAUCUUGGACUAUGUACCUUGGGUGAAUUUGAGACUGGGAAAUAUAAAUGCUUGAUAUGUAAGAAAGAAUUCAACUCCGAAAGUGGAGUCAAGUAUCACAUUAAUUCCAUUCAUUCUCAGGAUUGGUUUGUUAUUCGGUCCAAAUCUAAGAGUUCAAAGUUAGAUAAACUGCACAAGACUGAGCCAAAGGAAGAAUCCGUGAAGAGUCCAGACCUUCCCUUACCAAACCCAAACUGGCAGGAUAGACAGAUGUCAGAGGCGCCCAUGUCAAGUGGAUUGGAAAGCCCUGGAAGAGUGAAAAUAAAGAGGAAGGCGGGGCAAAACAAACAGAAAGAGAAGGAAAGCAGGCAGAAGAAAGACUGCUAUGAGUUCAGCGGCAGUGACAGUCCCAGCAGCAGCAGCAGUAGUGAGAGCUCCAGCAGCGAGUCAGAGACCGAGGACCCAGCGGCACACAGACAUGACAAAUGGGCCCUCAGCAGGCCCCUCACGAAGCAACCUGAAUGUGAUGCAUAAACAAUUCCUUUUCCAAAUAUGAAGUUCUUCCAGUGUUCAUCUCCAAAGAUUAAAGAGAUUCACAUCCAUUCAAAGGUUUAGGGUC